AUGAAGAGAGGAUAUCCUUACUAUAGCGGUAAUCUUAACUUUGGGUAUGAGUAUCAAUAUACCCCAAAGGCAGCAAAAGGAGGUACAGGUACAGGUACAGGUAAAAUUGGACCACAAGGACCACAAGGACCUCAAGGACCACAAGGACCGCAAGGACCAAAAGGACAACGUGGGGAACAAGGGGUACAAGGACCAAAAGGAUCAAAAGGCGAUCCCGGGGCUGUAGGACCUCAAGGACAACAAGGACCUAUAGGACCACAGGGACUACGAGGACUACAAGGACUACGAGGACUACAAGGUCAAAUUGGUCCUACCGGGGCACAAGGACCCACAGGACAACAGGGACCCCAAGGAAUUCCUGGUACUGCUGCUGCAAAAGGUGACCCUGGCCCUCAGGGACCUCAAGGACCCGCAGGACCAACAGGAUCUCAGGGACGCACAGGUCAGCAAGGACAACAAGGACCUGUAGGACCACCAGGACCUACAGGACCACCAGGUAGAGACGGGCCUGUAGGAAAUACAGGACCGCGAGGUACACAAGGGGAUGAGGGACCUCGAGGAUCACAAGGAGAAAAAGGAUCACAAGGAAUAAAAGGAGAUAAAGGAGAUAAAGGACCCCAAGGCAGUACAGGACCCCAGGGUCCAAAAGGAGAUAAAGGUGAUAAAGGUGAUAGAGGUCUUAAAGGAGAUAAAGGAAAUAAAGGUGACGUUGGUGCUGUAGGUCCUGCAGGACUUAUAGGAAAACCCGGAUCUCAAGGACCAAAUGGGCCACAAGGACAACAAGGACCACAAGGACCUCAAGGUAUUCCAGGUACAGCUGCAGCAAAAGGUGAUCCCGGACCGCAAGGACCACAAGGACCACAAGGACCACAAGGCAGUAAAGGCAACAUUGGCAAUAUAGGUCCCGCAGGACCUACAGGACAACCAGGUCCACAAGGACCACAAGGACCACAAGGCAAUACAGGCCCCCCAGGCAAUACAGGCCCCCCAGGUAUUAAAGGAGAUAAAGGAGAUAAAGGAGAUAAAGGCAACAUUGGUAAUGUAGGUCCCGCAGGACCUACAGGACCACAAGGUAUUCAAGGUAUUCGAGGACGGCAAGGAGAGCGUGGUCGUGUAGGACCUCUUGGACCUGAAGGAAGACGCGGUCCUACAGGUCCUGUAGGUCCUACAGGUCCCUCAGGAAAUUUUAGUACAUCGGAAAAACGUCAAAUUGUGAUGGUUGAUAAAGAUUUUGAGAAGAUAAAAUAUGUUGAUACUCAAGGAACAAGUAGAGGUACUUACAGUACUUUUAAUUUUAUUGAGAGUGGUAGCGAAAAACCUUAUUGA